UUAUAUUCUUGCUUAUAUAUGAAACAAUGAACUUUGUUGAUUUGAUACUAAAUUUUUUUCCGUGCAGAGAUGCAAGGCACAGAUGUCUUGUGAAACGUUGGCGGUUGAUGUGAAUUCCGAUAGCAUUAAAUCAAAAUUAUCCAGAGCGUUCAAAUGCGCGCGUGUGUAUGAAUGCAUGCGUACGUUGCACUUCUCUCGCUAGAAAUGAAGAGUAAUCAUUAUCGGACAGGUAUCAACAUAACUCAAGUACUGUACGAGGUAAUGCCACGCUGCGAGCAAUUGCUGUCUGCCUGCUGGUGGCGCAACGCCAAUCGCAAUUGCUGCGAAAUCUUCCAGGUGCAGAAGACCGAAUACGGUUUCUGUUACUCGUUCAAUUCUGAACUAGCUCAGACAGCUUCGGUGGAUUCUACGGAAUCGCGACCACGAAGAGCGUCUGGCUAUGGCGACUGGAGUGGCGUCAAGGUUACGAUUCAUCUGGGAAACAUAACGAAGCCACCAAAUUCCGGCGAGAUCGAUGGCGUAGUGGUAAUAAUAAACGAGCCCCAUGUCUGGCCCAACAGUGGUACCAUGAUACCGUCGGGUUCGCUGGUCAGCAUAUCUUUAGUAUGUGUCUCCGGAUACGCUACCCAGCGAGUCCUCGAGCUGGACGAGGACAAGCGGCCAUGCCUGUACGACCAGACCGGCGUAUACCACCAGGAGACCUGCCUGUCCCUUUGCAAACGUUACUGGGUCGCCAAGUACUGCGGUUGCAACCCAUCUUUUCUAUUUCCCGCAACUAGCCGUUUUCGCGACUGCACCAUCAAGGAUUUCGCAUGCCUGAUCGAUCAUAACGGUGAGCGAGCUCCUAUCAGAAAUUUGUUACUUACGCGAACACAGUUCGCGAAUGUAUUUUAUUAUGAAUGCAAUUAGCCAGAAUAAUGAGAACUUGCUUUUGUGGAACGCUGGAUGGCGACGCAAGAUUUGUUCAAUGACUACAUUGUACACUUUGGCGACGAGUACCCGCACGACAUUUCCAGCAUGAUUUGCAAGUGCAUGCCGGAAUGCGACUACUAUGUCUACGGCACUCAGUUUUCUAACGUGCCAUUACUACGUAACAUGAAUGACAUUAUGCUGGACGUGCAUUACAUAGGGCAAACUAGUUUUCGCUAUAAAACGGACAUAGUUAUUACACAAAUGGACCUUCUGGUGUCUUUCGGCGGCAUAAUCGGCUUGUUUCUGGGCGGUUCGCUACUCAGCGCUGCCGAACUAGUUUAUUAUCUGGCGGUGGCGGUGUUUUCGUCUCUGCACUCACGGCAGAGGAGCGAAGAGGAGCCGAGGAGCCGAUCGAGCGUGACGCACGUCCAUACAACGGUGCUGCCCAUUUUGGAUUACAACCCUCUAAAACCGCGGGCGAAGAGGAUACCGAUUUUCGCAAAUUAUGGCCUCGCAGGAUUGAAUUUGAACAGAUAUUGAAUUACCGUGAAGUCUUUCAAUGGGCGGGCCGCUUGGAGGAUUUCUAUCUAGCCGAGCUACCACGAAAUUUAAGAAGGUAAAAAUAAGAGAGUUUCUCUCUCUCUCUCUCUCUCUCUCUCUGAAUCUCGAUAUUCGAACGUCGAUGCGUGCGUAAGCUCACAUGCCUGAGUAUAUUCCGCUAAUGGAAUUCUGUGCUUUUCGAGAGUCGAGAAACAAAAUUUUCAAACAAGAACUAGAUAUUCCCGUUCUAAAUCGCCUACGUGAAUCGAGAGUGCUGUCUCUGUUGGUAUAAACGAGUGCCGUCCUGUUCUUCAUAGACGUGUUGGUUAUUGUGUGUUUUACCGUGAGGCUGUCCCCAUAAAUCAAGAAGUAGCUGCGAUAUUGAUCGGAUUUGACAAGGAAAUCGAGAAUGCCUUGCUCACGCGAAAUCUGGUACCUAUCUCCUAGAAUCCAUGUUUUGUACGUGUGUCGUGUGUUGAGAGCGAGACCGAGAGAGAGCUCUCUAGAGAGAGAGAGAGAGAGAACGCAACUCGUAUUUUAUUCAACGUUAUAUAUGAUACGUACCUUCUAUCUUGCCACUUUGCGGUCGCGUAAUGCUUGACUUCAAUAAUACACGCCAUACAUUUUGCAUGCAUCUCAAGCGACUUUCUUGGCUCUUUCGAGACGAACUAGCGACUCGAACAAUUCUGUAACGAGGAUGUAUGUUUAUUCGUUAUUGAGAAAAAUGCCAUUAAUAAUUUUAGCGAAAAAGUCGCAACGGAAGAAGAAAGCCGAAAGAAGAAAAAAUGAAGACAAUUGUUGAGUAUAAAGGCCGCUUGAUUCGAAAUUAAACAAAUUAAAUUAUAAUAAAUUAAUGCCUUCUACGUUGUAUUCUUAUUAAGAUUGCAUAGUUUAAGCAGAGAAAAUGUAAAUAUAACGAGUACGCGUACAAACAGCGAAUUAUUUACAUUAUAUUCUGUACAGCGCACACACAAUUAGAGGAUCGCUAAGUAAAUUAAUAUAAAAUGAAUCUGUGAGUUUCAUCUAGCUCGGAUUUUAUUUUUUACUCGCUGAAACGGUAGAAAUAGAAAAAUAAAUUAGUUUUUGCUUAACGUUUUCUUAUAAUUCCCGGCUUUUGAAACUUUUACUCCUCUCUUUUUUUAAAUAAAAUAAAUUUUAUACCUUUUUCAUAAAAUAAUUUUAUAUUUUUAAUUAUUUGCGAAAAGCUGCGUGAGUGUAUUUUAAAUUCAUUUUUAAUAAUAUAGAAUAUGAUAAAAUGUUGAAUAUAUAAAUAUAAUCUUAAAAUGUUUGUGUAUUAUUCAGCUUACAGACAUUUGUAAAAUACGAUGUUCUACCAUGUAUGAUUUAAAAGUUUUUUAAACUAUUACUAUGUACGUCGAAAUAAUAUAAUUGCGCACUCUAUCAUGUAUAUAUUAUGCAUGACGAUAAUUAUAGAAAUAUGAAUUAAUUAAACAUUUAAUUAUACUUUGAAAUUAAAUAUCAAACGUGACGUUAAUAUUAGAUAUUAAAUUAAUUCACAAUUAAAUAUUUGUACAUUAGUUAAUAAAAACAAAAUUUGCUGCUCGAAUCGUGAAAACGGAAUAUAAAAGAUACAUUUAAUUACGAAUUUUUAAAUAGUAAUUUUACAUUUAAUAUUGAAAAAUAAACUCUAAAUUAACUUGAAAUGGGACAAACCUCCUGAUACAAAAAUGCGAUAAAGUUGGAAUCCUGUAUACGCUCUAGUUGACAUUUCACACAAUAAAAGUGCUUGUGUUGAUAAAAUGCGGCCACAAGCGUAUACAAUUGCAGAAUUUUAGAUGAUCGUUGAAAUGUAUGAAUAACGGGGAUAAAUCGCGCAGAUGGCCGUUAUAUUCGGUGCACUUUGUAAAUUGCCGGUCGCGGUUCGUACCAUUUGUGAGAGACAUUGUAUGCAAAUAAUGUAUAAAGAUCCGCGCGUCGUCUUGAAACCUGAACGCCGCGCUAUUGAUAUUGUUAUCGGUAUAUUACGUAAUGGCGUUAUUACGGUAUCGCGUGGUGCGUAUUCCGGCAACUACAUUUUCUAUCUACCCUGCGAAGGGAGAAAAAAUUCGGCGUCGAAAAGUCGCACGGAAAAUAAUAGCGGACUCGUCGUUACUAAGGACGCAGUUAUAUUUCGCGGCGUGGCGAUUUUUCGAACAACGACGUAGCGGAUUUUUCGCUUUAGACAACGCUCGUUUUCAACGCUAUUGAAAAUAACCGGCGCACUUAAAGCAGCAGAUAAGACACGCGCCUCCCAUUUUUCCAUUUUUCGAACGCGACACGCGGGGGAAACGCUUUAAAGCGUGCGCGGUUGAGCCGGAAGUAAAUGUACCAGCCGUCUGGUCAGGCUCCAUUUGGCCAUUUAUUAUUUAUGAGAAGCAUAGAGAAGAGAGAGAGAGAGAGGGAUGGGGAGCGAGAAGUUGCACCGUCCGUCCGACCGACGCAUCAACCAUCCGGGAAAAAAAAAUCCCUUUCUCGUGCUUAUCUCUUUUUAGAAACGCCGUCCGCCGAGAUUCAUCCACCCUGAAAAGGGAGAUACUUGACGGAAGGCUGUGUCUCUCUUCUCUCCCUUUUUUUCCACUGCAUUUUAAAAGCAUCCCUCGCCGUCGGAUCGAGUCAACGUAGAGCCCGUUACAGCUGCGAUGUCACAUGUAGUCAACGGAGAAUCGGUCAAACUCUCUUUCGAUUGGACAACACGUUGCCUUAUACACGGGCUGUCUACCAAAUAAAGAGAUUGAAAUUCGCAAGUGGUCAUUUUAACCGCUUCAGUCUUUCUAGUGGUAAACUUCUGCGGAUAUUGCUCGUAGGAUCUGGUACGGGCAGACCAAAGAUCUACGAUGGAACAGAUAGGAAGAAAAAAAAAGAAAGAAACGUAGUAGCGGAAAGAGAAAAGGGAAAGCUUAAAAGUGCAAGCAGACGGGGAGAUCGCUGGUGGCGGGACGGGGCAUCGUGCUGUUCGAAGGACGACCAAGUGGGAAAACGCUGAAGAGAAGAGGAGAAGAAAAGGAGGAAAAAGAAAUGAGAAGGGGGAAGAAAGAGGAAGCAGAAAAACCGAUCGUUGUCAGGGAAACGAAGGAAAUCUGCAUUUUGUCAAACUGUCGCUUGGAAGUUCGCUGGCGCGUCCGGAGCACGGAGGGCAAAAGGUGAGGGCGGAAGGACGGAGCAAGGGGGAAUAGGGUAGCGAGGGAUCGUCGAGUGGCGGGAAUGGAAAAAGGAGGAGCAAUGGCGCGGGCCUGGCCCCGAAGAAGGAAGCGGUGAAGUUUCGAGUAACUCUCCGGCGUGCUGUUAUCUAAACCCUUCACGUAGGCGUCUCGAGUGGAUCGAGGUCGAAGGCUGCUCCUUGCCGGGAAUAUCGGCGCAUUACUUUCGAUAGGAAUCCCGCAGACGGGUAACUUGCCUCGCCUAAUUGACAGCGAAGCAUUGUCCCGAUUCUUGAAUCGGGAUGUGAAUGUAACAGCCAAAAGAGAAUCGGGAUAGAUCUAUAAUGAAUGCUUUUUUCAAUGAAAAAUCGCAUAAUUAAUCGCAAGCGAAAGUGCUCUCAGGGCCUAUUGAUUUAUCCGUUACAUUGUAAUUAAUUUUUCCGGCUAAUCCCCGGUACAAUGAUGAUGAUUGAAUUUGAUACGAUUUCGUAUAUGUCAACGUUCAUUUUAAAUUAUCCUGGAAAUAAUAUCACUAUAUAAUACAUGACGGCUGCAUCUAAAUUACAAUUAAUUAUAUUACAAUAAUGAUCUUAUUUAACAAUAUAAUUAUAACAAUGAUUACAACAUGAAUAAUGUAAUAUAGGAAAAUUUUUAUUUUCCUAUCAUGUGAAAUCAAUCAAAUUCAAGUGGCCACGUUUAGCAUCAAAUGCGUCGCGAAGGCAAAAAGCUUAAAUCUUCUUUUCGAAAUGAGCAUCCUGACAAUAUUAUUCCGCGGUAUCACCCUCUAGAAGAAUGAGCUCAUUACGAUAAAUGCGACAUCGAUGACUAUUAAGGGGGACAGGCGCUUUCAGCCGCGUCUGCUCUUCGGCUUCGAUAAAUUAAAUCUUUCCUUCGACUUGCGUACGCUCUCUCUCUGUCUCUCUCGCUCUCUCUUUGUUCUUUCAUUCUACGGGAAGGGGAUCGUACUAACUCUGUUGGUGGCGAUGGGGAAAAGGCAUCGUUUGCUUGGCUGCUUUCUCGGUAAUCUUGAAAUAGGGUACAGUAGUACGAGCAUUGGUCGCUUGCCAAGCGACUUUAAACUUCUUCUCCGAGGAUUGGAAAUAUCUUUGUCGACGCGCGCCGUAAGGAUCAAUGGUAACGAAAAAUAGGGACUCCCCCUCGCUCUAGUCGAAAAUUCGAGUCAUGACGCACCAGUAACAAAUGCAUGAGAAGUAUGCGAAUGUUUAAGAUUCCGCGAUCGGCGCUUUGACACUCGAGACUUUCGUUAACAUUUUUUUUUAAUACUAUAAAAAGUCCGAAAGUCUUAAAAGAAAGACAGGAUAGAGAAUGUCAAGGAUAGUACGGAAUUAAAAUGGCCGAAUUUACCCGUUGAGGUCAUUAGAAGUCCAAAAGACCCCACGUUAACUUUAAGGAUACACAGAUCAUUCAAAAUCGAACAAUCUUUUACGAAACUAAUUUUUAUCUAAAAGUAUACUAUCUUGAGAAUACACCCCUAAA